AUGAAGAAACGGGGAAAGGAGCUGAGGAGAAGACAUUGGUCCUUUGUUAAGCGGCUCCUAGAAGCAGCAAGAGAGGAAGCAGAGAUGGUCUUGUUGGGAGAGGAUGUUGAGAAAGCAGCGCCCACAGCUGUGGCAUGCAAGUUAGGGCGCUGGCUGCUCACCAGGUUGGUGGCAGGUGUGCACACUCAUAACACGCAUCCCACCUGUUGCUCCCCUUCUCUUGCCCCCACCCUGCCACAUCCAGUGGCAGUUCCAUCCCAGCCAGUGAGCCCCGUCUCAUGCAUCGUGACUCGGCACCAGUGA